CAUAGCACAAACUCGCAAUGCUCAGUAGAGCAAUAGCAGUUUCACACGUACGCACGGAAACGACUGACUCUACGCAUGUGCUUCAGCCUCAUUUCCUGCUUCGUCUCAAAAAUUAUAUGUCAGAACCAUUACAGUGUCAGGUGUGAUUGAAUAUCAGUGAAAUAUUGGAUCUCCGCGAGGUUUAACGUGACGGUACUCCAUUUUGCGACUUUGGACAUUUUCGCAGUGGAGGCGCUCCGCCAACGACGACGGCUACAAACGAUAUUGGGAUCGCACGACGAUCUUUAACUUUUCGCGGUGUCGUUUUUGUCCGCGUUUGACAAUUACGCAGAACAUCGCGCCCCCGCUAUGAUUCACAGCGGCGGCGGCGCCGAUUGUUAUACAGCUACAGUGGCGACCACGACGAACGCCGGCAACCCGACGACGACGACCAUGAUGAUGGCCAAUAUACAACAACAACAACAACAACAACAACAACAACAACAGCAGCAGCAGCAGCAGCAGCAGCAGCAGCAGCAACAUCAACAGCAAACCGCCGCCGCUGCAGAUGUGCCGACGGAUUUCUGGUGGUGGUCCACGACGGCGGCGGCGGCGACCCAACAACACGCCGACGACGGCGGCGCGGCUGUAGCCGGACACCAACACCAGCAAAUAUCGUCUUCGUCCUCUCAACAGCAACAGCACCAAGCAACUAUUGACGGGGACGAGUUCGACGGUUUCGACUUGUCGCUGCUCAUAAACGGCGCCGGAGACGGAUACUUCAGCGACGCCUCGUCGGCCGACUGUCGCGUGCCGGCGGCCGCAAUUUCCGCGACGGUUACCGUGCACACCAACGCGUCCAUGGACGGCGGCGGCGACUGUUAUUAUCCGUCGCCCGCGACGUCCACGUCAUCGCUGCAACAGCAACUCGACCUGCAGCAACUGCUGUCCAUAUACGACGACAUAUGUUUUUUCAGCGGCAACACCGCCGAAGAGGACGCGAAAUCGAUUUUACAACAGCAGCAGCCUCCGGCGGUGGCCCCGGCCGUAGUGUCCACCACGACCGCCGCUGCCGACGUCUGUCUGUCCAAAAUCGCCGCCACGCCGCCCGUCGACGUGGCGACGACGACCGACACCAACUCAACGGCAGCCGCCGCCGCCGCCGCCGCCGCCAAGGACCGCGUCGGCAAAACCACCCUGUUGAGAUCGCUUUUGACGGCCACAGUACCGCCGCCGGCCGUCAUACCGUCGUCGCCCACGCGCCCGGUCGACUCGCCGCCGGCAGCCAUAGUCGAGUCCACCACCGAAGUGCCCGCGGAAGCGGCUUCGGCCAUAUCGACGACUACGGUGAAACGCGCGGACGUCUCGCCGGACAGCCACAACAAAAGCAACAACAACAACAACAACAACAACAACAAACACCGACUGCUAAUCGAAAUGUUACGCGGCGGCAACGUGGACGACGACGUGGUCCCGACGGCGCCGACGGUGCGGCCCGCGCGCCGUAGACCGCGCGCCGAGACGUUCGGUUCCGACGACGAAGGCGGACCGCCGCUGGGCAGCCGUCGCCGGUUGGACGCGCCGCCGUCUCUGCAACUGGACGGCGGACAGGCGUCCCGCGGCCAAUACGACGCGGACGACGACGAACUACUGUUGUACGGCGGCCCUUAUUAUUCGGCCGCGACGUCGCCGUCGUGGCUAGACCGCAUGGUGGCCGCCGCCGCCGCCGCGACAACGGGCCCCGGUACUGCCGAUUUCUUUUCCGGUGACAUCGACCAAGACCAAGACCUCUACCGUCGGCGACAACAACAACAACAACAACAACAACAACAACAACAACAGCAGCAGCAGCAAAACGGCGACCGCGAAGUGGACAUCAUCAACAUCGUGGACGACUGCUGCAGCGUCAGCGAUUAUUGCAACAACUACGGCAUGGGCAGCUUCGACCAGGGCUACUACUCCGUUACUUCGGCCGAAGUAGCAUACAGCCCACAGACUUCGGCUCCAGUGCCGUCCGUCACGCCGCCGCCGUCGUCGUGUGGCGACCCGACGACGAUCACGACCACGAGCGACGACGGUGAUAAUAUGGUACAACAACUGACGACCUGGAAAACGACUGAAGCGACGGCAUCCGACGACUAUUACGACAGGCUGCUGAUGACGGUCAUGAUGGAGGCGGCGGCCGCUGCGUCCACGGUUCCAUCGCCGGCCAGCGAUAGCAACUGCGCCGGUGCGGCUGAUAACGUCGGCAGCAGCUACAUCAGCAGCAGCAGCAGCAUCAGCAGCAACAGUAGCAGUAGCAGCACUUGUAGCACUACGUUCAACAGCGUGGCCGGCGGCGACGUGGACGGCGGCAGUGACGGUAGCAAUAACAUGCGCUUCAAGAUCGAAGCGGACGACGACGAGUGCUGCGGCGACGCGGCCACCACGACGGCCGGCGACGAAGACGACGUCGACGACGACAACGAGUCGGACGUGCCCGACGCGAUAAUGAACUUUCAACCGAGACAGCUGCUCGUCAACGCCGCCGCGACGUACUGUUCGACCACGGCAGCCGUGGCCGAGCCGGAAAACAAGACCGCGGCGGCCGUCGGCCCUCCCGCCGGGUCCACCACGUCGUCGUCGCAACACAUCCACUUGUGGCAGUUCCUCAAAGAACUGUUGACCGCGUCAUCGGCGGCCGCGGAGCUGCAAACGGCCGCGGCUGACGGCGACGCGGUUCACGGUGCGACGCCACCGUCCCCGUCGGCGACGUCCACGACGCUCUCGAACGCCACCUCCGCCGCCGCGAACAAGCCGCAGCAGCCGCCGCAGCAGAUGAUCCGGUGGUUGGACCGGAAGCUGGGCGUGUUCAAGAUCGAAGACAGCCAGGCCGUGGCCCGUCUCUGGGGCCGCCGCAAGAACCGUCCCGCCAUGAACUACGACAAACUGUCCCGGAGCCUGCGACAGUACUACAAAAAGGGCAUCAUGCGCAAGACGGAACGCUCGCAACGGCUCGUCUACCAGUUUUGUCAUCCGUACAACGCUUGACACGUACAAUAGCAUAGAACUAUGACUCACAUGUACAUAUAUAUAUAUAUAUAUAUAUUAUUAUUAUCAUCGGGUCUGCGAUAUAAUUUGUGACGUUUUUGAAAAUGUGUUUAUACGCAAGUUUUUCAUAGGAGAGAUCGCCCAGAAUCGAAUCGUGUUUUUAUGAUUUCGUUGAACUGGACUUGAAGCUCACCCCCAUAAUAAUAUAAUGCGGUCACUCUUAAUAUUGUAACGCAGUCCCGAUUGUAAUAUAUUAAAUAUUAAUUACGUACACUAUCGCACAUGGUAGUGAAUUACAAACUUAAGCACGGUGGUGGUAAUAAUAAAUGAUAAGUAAAAACUUGUUAGGUUAAGUUAAAGCAGUGCUUGCACUUCGGCCGAGCUAUUUUGUAAUAAUAAUUCGGUAGAGGUGAGGCGCUCAUAAUAUAUUUUAUUAUACACACGUGUAUAAGCGCGAUACGCCGCGCCGUCUCGUAUACAGUCGUCGCCGUCGGACGGGCGGGCGGCGGACGCGAAGCCGCUUAGGCGCGAGCGAUGGACGCGGAAGGUAAUUUUCGCGUGCGCCACCGUCACGACCUUUUUUUAGGAUGACGGGCUUUCGUUUUUGGGGAGGGGGGAAUAGAGGGCAGUUUUCGAAAAUGCAGUCCGUUGACGAUUUCGGUUUGUAUAUAUAACAAUAUAAACUAAAUUUCACGAACGAUUUUCGACGGUAUAUUAGUAUAAUAUACCUAGUUACUUGUAGUCGAGCACGAGCAGGAGGAGAGUUGGGAGAGCAUUGUAGCGCUUUUGGCGCGAUUUUUUUUUUUUUUACUAUUUUAAAACUACCCGACCGCUGGGGUCCUCUGCGGCCCCGGUUGGACUUGGGUGGUUGUUAUCGGUCCCAUAUAUCAAUGAUAUAUUGUCUAUUACGUACGUUCUGUGAACAUGUUUUUUUUUAAUUGUAAUUAUAAAAUAUAUAUAUAUUUUUUAUUUUACAUUAUGAUUAUUAUAUUAAUUCAAUAUUCUAUUAUAAGGUGUAACAUAUAUAUUGUAAUUAAUUAGAUUUAAAAUUUGUGGGAAGAAGGGGGCGAUUAUGGUUUCUGUGUGGACUGUAUUAAUCCGCAGACGUGAUACGCCAAUCGGUGCAGGUACAUUAUAAUAUUAUUAUUACAUUAAACUACGAAUAAAGUAAUCAAAAAUAUAAAACUAAAACCAUAUUGAAUUCAAUGCUUGAAUUGAAAAAAAAACAGUGUCUAUAUGGACUCGAAUGAAACUAAGGAUUAAGUUAAAAGAUAAGUUCCUUAUAAUAUGUGUCAUUAACUUUUGACUUGUUUGAUCUAGACUAUUAUGUAAUUUAAAAAAUAGAAAAAAUAAGCCAAAACAUAAAAAAAAAAAUAAUUCUCUCCUUAUAUGUCUGAAAUGUGGUCUCAAAUUAUUCAAGCACUGACUUCAACUAUGUGCACUAAUACUGCAAAUAAAAAUGUAUAUUUUAUUAUAGUUACAAUAAAUAUCGUAUACAGCGCACUAUACAAUAAUAUGAUAUUAAAUAUUUUACAAUUUAUUUCAUUUUAAUUGUUUUAUUUUUAUUUAUA